UUAAAGCCGGGUUAAGUCUUCGCCGCUCCCACCCGGCCCUGCCCACCACUAGGGAGCUCAGAAAGCGCUCUCGCCCUGUGCGCUACUUGGAAUCCCAGAAAGACCUGCGAGGGAGUCGGAGGCGCACGCAGCUGGGGAGGUGGCGCCGAGCGCACGGGAAGCGCCGCGAACCCUCUCCGCGAGCCCCACCCUUGGUGCGCUGCGCGCCCGGCCCUGCCCCGGGUGCGCUUCGGGGAGGAGCGGCUCUGGGCAACAGGUGCAGCCGGAGCCGGUCGGCAGCACGGGUCUGGAGCUGCUAAGGCGCCGAGAGGACUUUCACCUGCAGGGCUGCAGCCGGCGGGUCCCGGGGUCGGCGGCCGCGCGGCGGUCGUAGACGCGGGGCCAGGAAGACGCCUGUGCUCCCCGCCGGACAAGAGCCAGCUCCGCGCCCCCGCGCCGGCUGUCCAACGCCCGGCACGAAGACUGCGCUGCCAGGCGCGGCUGCCCCGCCGCGGCGCCGGCUCUCCUGCGCAUCGGCGGAGGCUCCGGUGGAAACUCGCGCGCUGGCACUCGGGGCGGGACCCCCGGCGCCGGCUGCCCGUGGCAGACAGCCUGCCCCGCCACCCCGCGUCCCGGGCGCCCCCGCGGGCCAUGGAGCUGGCUGCAGGGAACCUCAGCGAGGGUAACGCGAGCUGGCCCGAGCCGCCCGCCGCCGAGCCCCGGCCGCUGCUGGGCGUCGGCGUGGAGAACUUGGUCACGCUGGUGGUGUUCGGCCUCAUCUUCGCGCUGGGUGGGCUACGUCUCCUGCGAGUGGCAGUGUUUUUUGAUGUCACCCGAAGGUUCUGUGAACAGAUGUGCUGGGGAGUGACGAGAGGAGUGGAGGCCCCGGGGGCCAAGCUGGAGAUGGUUCCGGAAGGCUUUUCAGCAGGGGUGCCCAGGGGCAUGGAGGAGGGGCAGACAGUCCUCAGUCAUCUGCAUAAAAAGUUGAAGAACAUGUCCAAGAAGUCAGAAGUGUCCAAGAAAAAGACGGCGCAGACGGUCCUGGUGGUGGUGGUGGUGUUUGGCAUUUCCUGGCUGCCACACCACGUCAUCCAUCUCUGGGCCGAGUUUGGCGUUUUCCCGCUGACCCCGGCCUCCUUCCUGUUCCGGGUCACUGCCCACUGCCUGGCCUACAGCAACUCCUCCGUGAACCCCAUCAUCUACGCCUUCCUCUCUGAGAACUUCAGGAAAGCCUACAAGCAAGUGUUCAAGUGCCACCUCCGCCACAAGUCCCCGCUCAGUGACAACAGGGAAAACAAGAGUCGGGUGGACACCCCCUCAUCCACCAACUGCACCCACGUGUGAGGAAGGAGAGGCCGGGCUGCUCUGGGUGUUGUCUCUGCUUGUGGACCAGACACGUAACACACACAACCUGCUGUCACAUUGGUUUCACUGAAUCCCACGUGCGUUGAGAAGUGCCCUGAACCACCCAGGAGAUUCUUAGGUCCCGCGAGCGUUGUUUUCCAAUUUUAUUUUAUUUUGAAAGCAUAUAUCAGAAGCUGUAUAGUUUUAUACCUCCUACGAAAUGGAAGUUUAGUACAAGUCCAUAGGUAAUGAAUCAAUGUCCUGAGAGUUUAGUAGAAUUCUGUUAGUUCCUUCUAGAACAAGGAGCAACCCCAUCCGGAAUUUUUGUAAUGUAUCUUUUAAAGCAGACUUAUUUAGAAAACCUCGUGCUUUGAUUUUUCAAUUUCAAAGGCAGAGGUGACAUUAGCGGCCGUGUUUCCAGGUGUGGUCGCGGACCCGCGAUGGGGAUGUUUGCCUCUCUGACGUCACUGUGGAGACACCGCGGGGUUGAAGCCGACCCCCUGAGAUCCCCCCGCCGGCCGCCGUCGUGGGUGGAGCUUGUGAGGUUGUGCUCGGCCCCCUGCGAUUCCCAGCUCCCUCAGCUUCACUGCAGGAGGCUGGUGCCGUGCCGUGCCGUGCCGUGCCGUGCGGUGCCGUGCGGUGCCGUGGCUGCUGCUCUGAGGGUGGCAGACUACACCGUGAGCUCAGACUGUGGAGUUCACUAACCCAAGCCAGGAAGGCGCCAAGGGCGACUGUCCUCGCAGGGCAGGCCCUCAGGGAGUCUGAGAGGAAAGUGGGUGUUGAAGUUUGAUACAGCUUGAGUGUCCUUAGUCAAGGUGGUGAAAUCCGAAAUGUUUUCAAACGCAAAGCUGUUUGAGCACCCACACGAUGCCAGAAGUGGAAAACUCCACACCAAGAAGCUUUCUUUCACACACAAAACUGCUGAAAGUGUUGAGUAAAAUUGCCCCCAGGCUACGUGCAUGCAUAUGAAACAUAACGACUUUUGUGUUUAGACUUGGGUCCCCUCCCCAAGACAUCUCACUGUGUAUUUUUUUUAAAGAUUCAUUUAUUUGUUUGAAAGUCAGAGUUACAGAAAGAGAAGGAGAGGUAGAGAGAGAGAGAGAGAGGUCUUCCAUCCUCUAGCCCACUCCCCAGUUGGCCACAAUGGCCGAAGCUGCGCCAAUCCGAAGCCAGGAGCUUCUUCCGGGCCUCCCACGCAGGUGCAGGGGCCCGAGGACUUGGGUCAUCUUCUUCUACUUUCCCAGGCCACAGCAGAGAGCUGGAUCGGAAGUGGAACAGCCAGGACUAGAACCAGUGCCCAUAUGGGAUGCCGGGACUGCAGAUGGCGGUUUUACCCGCUGUGCCACAGUGCCGGCCCUCACUAUGUAUUUUGAAGUAUUCCCAAAUUCCCUCCCUCCCUCCCGCCAAAAAAAAAAUUCUGAAACACUUCUGAUGCCAAGACGUUUGGGUAAGGAAUAUCCAACUUGUCUGUGUACUUGGCCAAAGCAUUCGCUGUGCCUUGAAUGGAACCUACCAGAAAGGAGAGGUCAGGAGUGCCAGUGAGGAGGAGGUGUGGGCAGUUAUUUCCACGGGGUGACGAUCAGGCCGGUGGAGCAGUGGUCCUGCAGUGCGCAGAGGGCUGGCCACACCAGCCUGAUUCAGAUCGCGCUGGGGCACAGCCGCCCUGUGAGUGGGGACGCCUCUGAUGCCUGCGUGUGGCUUUUUCGUUACAUUUCUGGAGAUACUUAAUGCACGUUUGCCCAAAUGUUGUUCCCUCUGGAAAUGUCAGUGUGGGCUUAAAGCUGUCACCACUUCAGCUCCAAAUGUUUUCAUGACAAUGUCAGAAUCAUUCAUGUUUACAUUAAGAAACGGUAGGGAAAUCUCAAAGUUUCCUACAGUAGAGAAGUACUUUUUGAAUUCUAAGACUCUGAUAUAUUUUCAGAGCACAUAAAAGCAUGGAGUUUUUCAGAAAAGCAUUUUGUGUGACACACACUUGUGCCAAAUCCAUGUGAAAAUAUCCAUGUGAAAUACCACACUCCAGAUGAAAGAACGCACUCAACGUGAGCCCUUGGCACGCCGGUUCUUCCAGCAAGGAUUCACUGUCACUAAUCGCAUUCCAGGGAGCCCUGUUGACAUCGCAAAGCCCUAAGCGACUACCCGGACAGGAGAGAAGGUGAGAAAUGACGGGGAAUGGCCGGCCCUCCUGGCUGUUGCCGGGGACAGAAGUUGUGCCCAGAGCAGGUGAGUAUUUGAGAGUUUUCAGCCCCUCGCGGGCAUGUGUUUCACACUUCAUUCACGCAGAGGAGCAGGGAUGCCUUAUCCCGACACUGCUGCUCGUGUAGGGCUGCCCUGGUCUGGACUCGGGGGUUGGGAGCACUGAGGAACGGCCGCCGCUGCUUCCUGAGAGGCCCAGAACGCGGCAUCGGCCGGCGUGGCCCCCUGGCUCCCCGAGAGCUGCCGUGGGCAGGAGCUGGGGGCGUGGCGCUCAGGAGAACCCUGGCACUUCCAGUCCCCAAGUGGGGGGCAGACGCGCAGCCAUUCUACUUGGCUGUUCCUCCUCCGCGUAGCCCAGGUUGGCUCCACUCCCAAAGCCACGUUGAUGCUGAUGACGACUCACACCCUCAGAAAGCGGCCGCUGUGUAAUGUUCUCAGAGUGAUGAGGACUUGUGGAAGAACCUGGGACAGCCCUGGCCUUGCCCGCGGGGGAGGCCACGGCCCCUGCGAAGCACCUGCUCUUGCCUGCCCGAGGACGGCUCCCGCCGCGCCUCCCCACCCGGCGGCUGGCGCAGGAGGAACACUGCUGCCUUCGCGGGCGGCCACGGUUUGCAGGAACCAGAUGCCU